AUGAAGAACUCUUUAUUGAAGUAUAUUUAUUCGUCCGUAACAGCUGGAACAACUCUUCUAGCGUACUUAAUAUCAUAUUUCCUUACAUUCGAAUACAAAGACCUCAUUGACAUGUUUUUUGGAACUUAUAUGAUAUCAGAUGGAAUCUUAUUUAUGGCAAAUGAUGCAAUUGUUGAAGCAUUAGUUAAAUAUCCAUUUGACUUCCUACUUUCACUCAUUGUAUUCACGGCCCUCACGUUUUAUGCAUUUAUUAGCGAUUCUCUUGCUCUUUUGGACGACACACUUCUUGUUAAAUGUGAUAUGAUAAAUAAUGCGCCAAUACUCUCAAAUGAUGACAAGCUACCUGAAGUUGAUGAAAAUAUUAAAUUCAAUUUCCUGGACAAUAUAAUUUAUGUGUUCCUUUUAGGUGUUGCUUUCUUAGAAUCUGCUUCCUUCGCAAUGUACAUUGCAAAAUAUGAAGGUUUAUACAAAAAUUUGCCUUUUAUUAUUCCUGUCAGAUUCGUUAGAUUCAUAUGCAUUUCAUAUAUAUUCAGAGAUACAAAUGUAUCAUCAUUAUGGUACUUCGUCAUUGCUAUAUUGAAUACAAUUGUUAUCGCGGUUCUUGGCAUGCUUAAUCCAUUCAUGGCUCUUUCUUAUUGUCAAUCAAUAUACGGUACUACGUCUUCAUUACUUCUUGGAUGUUUCAUUUAUUUCGGUGCAACAGCAAUCCAUAAUUCCUUCAUUUCACUUGCCCACUCUCGCUGGUAUAGUGUGUUGAUCGGAAUUGCUGGAUUUUCAAUUCCAUCCAUAUUCCAUUUCUUCAUUGAGAAUUAA